AUGACGACGUCUACUACUAUUAAAAAAAUUAAUGUUGAUAAAUGGAUUCAAGAAAAUGAAAAAGAUUUUCUACCGCCUGUUUGCAAUAAGUUAAUGCACAACAAUCAAUUGACAAUAAUGUUUGUUGGAGGGCCCAAUGUUCGUAAAGAUUAUCAUUUUGAAGAAGGCGAGGAACUCUUCUAUCAGUUAAAAGGUGACAUUUGUGUCAAAGUUCUUGAACAAAACAAACAUCGUGAUAUUAUUAUUAAAGAAGGAGAAAUUUUUCUAUUACCAGCAUAUAUACCUCAUUCACCGAAUCGUUUUCAAAACACUAUUGGACUUGUCAUGGAAAGAAAACGAGAAGAAAAUGAAUUAGAUAGUUUAAGAUAUUAUCGGAAUGAGUCAACAGAGCGUUUAUUUGAAAGAUGGUUUCACACAACCGAUCUCGGUACACAACUAGGUCCAAUUAUAGAAGAGUUUUUUCAAUCUGAAGAAUAUUUUACUGGUCUACCAAAAUUAGAUAGUUAUCCUGAAAUUCCACCAACGCAAAACGAUGAUAAAAUCAAAUUAAGCGAUCCAUUGUUAUUAAAGGAAUGGAUCGAUGAGCAUGAAAAAGAACUAUCAAAAGGUUCUUCUAUCAGUUUAUUUCCAGAUGAAUAUCAAACAAGAGUUUAUAUCAUUCCAAAAGGUGAACAUUUAAUUGAUUGUUCUGAUGGUGACAUAUGGUUAUGGCAACAUAAAGGACAUGCCAAAGCUAAUAUAACUACAGAUACUAAAGAAGAAUCAACUUUAGAUUUAGAGCAAAUGGAUUGUGCUUAUCUCAAUGUUCAUUGGAUGUAA